UGGAAAAGGCGCGAUACGAAAUGCAUGACCAUUACAUUUGUUGUAUAUCGAUAAUCAUAACAAAAUUAUGUUUAUAGUUAGUGGAGCAAACAUAUCUACCACUGAUACUCCUACGAGGCUUACCAACACUACAAAUGUUACUGUCACGUCAACUCAAGUGACGACUCAAGGUACUGGCGCAAACAUACAUACGACAGAUACUACUACGAGGCCUACUAAUGGGACUUUCACGUCAACUCAAAUGACGACUAAAGGUGCUGGCGCAAAAAUAUCUACGACUGAUACUACUACGAGGCCUACUAAUACGACUAAUGGUACUUUCACGUCAACUCAAGUGACGACUCAAAGUAAAUUCUGGCAAAACAUCACUCCUAUCAUAUAUUCCUGUCACAACAACAUGUAAAGUAAACUCUAACCAUUACAAAAUAAUGUUUGUAUUGUAGGUGCUGG